CAGAAGGGGGUGCAAUGCACCAGUAAUUUCGUUCUUACCUCCAAGAGCCUAGCUGAAGAAGAAAAUCUAAACAAUCAUGGACGCUAGCAGUGGUGGAAAGGAGACCGAAAGUUCCAGUAAUGAUGGAGACAUUGCUUCAGUGAUGGGGUUCUCUGGCUUCGGGAAGAAGGCUCGCACCUUUGAUUUUGAGGCUAUCUUUGAGCAGACCCGGAGAACAGCAAUCGAAAGGAGCCAUAGAGCGUUAGAGGAAAGACGACAGGAUGAAACCCAGCAGGAGGCAGCAGGGAGUUCUCAGAAGAGCAAAGUCAGACCGGUAGCUGCAUCCACCUGCAGGGACAAAUCUGCAGCAAAAGCCUCAAGGCCGCAGGAGAGUAGCAGCAGUGGGGACAGCAGCGAUAGUGGUUCUGAUUCCGACUCCAGCUCCGACCUCAUUGGCCCCCCCAUCCCCUCCAAGCUUGCUAUCCAUGGAGACCCCGACGACAUCGUGGGCCCCCCACUUCCUCCGGGGUACAGAGGCAGUUUGGCGGACGACGAUGAUGACGAGGAAGACAUGCAGGACGAAGACGAUGAUGACAACCCAGUCAAAAGAAUUCCAGACACGCAUGAAAUCACACUGCAGCAUGGCACAAAAACGGUAUCCGCUCUGGGCUUGGACCCCUCGGGUGCUCGGCUGGUUACCGGGGGAUACGACUAUGAUGUGAGAUUUUGGGACUUUGCCGGGAUGGAUGCUGCUCUGCAGGCCUUUCGAUCCCUGCAGCCCUGUGAGUGCCACCAGAUAAGGUCCCUGCAGUACAGCGUCACGGGCGAUGUCAUCCUGGUGGUUGCAGGCAGUGCUCAGGCUAAGGUCCUGGACCGGGAUGGCUUCCCGGUUCUGGAGUGCGUGAAGGGGGAUCAGUACAUCGUGGACAUGGCCAACACGAAGGGUCACACUGCAAUGUUGAACAGUGGCUGCUGGCAUCCAAAGAUCAAGGAAGAGUUCCUGACGUGCUCAAACGAUGGUACGGUGCGUACCUGGGACCUGAACUCGGAGAAGAAGCACAAGUCCGUGUUCAAGCCCCGCUCCCUGCAGGGUAAGAGGGUCACCCCCACCUGCUGCUCCUACAGCCGGGACGGAAAGCUCAUUGCGGCCGGCUGCCAGGACGGGACCAUCCAGAUCUGGGACCGCAACCUCAGCGUCCACACCAAGUUUCACUGUCGUAAGGCUCACACCCCGGGCUCCGACAUCUCCUGCCUGGCCUUCUCUUACGAUGGGACCACUUUGGCUUCGCGAGGAGGUGAUGACACUCUGAAAACCUGGGACAUUCGCAACUUCAGUAAAUCCCUCAGUGUUGCCUCAGGCCUGACCACCUUCUUCCCCAUGACGGACUGCUGCUUCAGCCCUGACGACAGACUCCUGGUAACAGGAACUUCAGUGAAGAGAGGAGAAGGCAACGGCAAGCUGGUGUUCUUUGAGAGGACAUCCUUCCAGAAGGUGUACGAGAUUGAGGUGUCUAAUGCGAGUGUGGUGCGCUGUCUCUGGCACCCUAAACUGAACCAGAUCAUGGUGGGAACUGGGAACGGCUUGGCCAAGGUCUACUACGACCCUGUCAAGAGUCAGAGAGGAGCUAAGCUGUGUGUGGUGAAGAGCAAGAGGAAGGAGAAACAGGCCGAGACCCUGACCCAGGACUACAUCAUCACCCCCCACGCCCUGCCCAUGUUCAGAGAGGCCCGGCAGCGCAGCACCAGGAAACAGCUGGAGAAAGACCGACUCGACCCGCUGAAAUCACACAAACCCGAGCCCCCCGUCUCUGGGCCAGGUCGAGGUGGUCGAGUGGCGGCGCAUGGCGGUACUCUGUCCUCGUUCAUCGUGAAGAACAUCGCUCUGGACAAGACCGACGACAGCAACCCUCGGGAGGCCAUCCUGCGGCACGCCAAGGCUGCGUCCGACAACCCGUACUGGGUGGCCCCGGCCUACACCUCGACUCAGCCCGAGCCCGUGUUCGCUGAGGUGGAGUCGGAGGACGAGGAGGCUGACAAGGAGCCAGAGUGGAAGAAACGAAAGAUAUGAGCCCCGACCUCCAUUUGCCCCUGUCCUGACCAACCAGGUCACCGCUAGAGCUAGCGCUCUUACAGUAGAGGCACCUGGCGUGGCCAUUUUCACUGACAUCCAGCAGAUGUUUAGAGAUCUUCUCCAGCUUGGCUUUGCCUCUAAGAUUCUGUGUUAAUGUCUAAAGCAGCUGUAGUCGUUGUACACAUGCUUUUAAUGAUAAGAAAGAUUUCCAUAAUAAAGAUGGAUACAACAUUUUUUCCCAAUUCAUCUUCUUCGGUCAGUUGAUGCCAUAGAGUAAAAAUUUUAUUUCUGUAUCAUAUGUGUGAAUAUUUAAAAUGGUCACCUUGACCAAAGCUUUCAUUUGUGUUUGUGUAAUCGCAGAUAAUGUUUGGUAUGGAUUUGGUCAAGGUUACCUUUUUAGAUGAUAAUAAAUAUCUUCAGCGAGUCAGUGAGCAGUGCAUUUCAGCUGGGCUGCUUCCUGAAUAGGAGACCUGGUGGGUUUGUGUGUUGCUGCGUUUGAUGGGGCGUGGGCUAUCCUAUGCUCCUAUUUCAACAAUAAAAACUUUUACAGAAGA